UUUAUCUCUCAGUUAUCUCCCUUUAUUAUCUUACUUAAGUCAAAUACAAACUUAUCCAUGGUUUAACUUUCGUGAAGCUCCAGGUGUAAAUGUUGGUCUAAAACCACCUCGUGAUCCUGUCUCUUCUAUUAAUGAUUUUAGCAAUUCAAACUCAACUUAUCCCGGUGAUUUUGGUAUUUUAGGCAACAUUAAUACAAAUUAUUAUGCUAAUAUUACCACCACAAGUGAUUCAUCUGCUCAAGCUCAGAACUUUUUACCAGUUCCAUUUUUUCAAAAACCACUUGACAAUAACGCCUAUCCUGAUAUUGAUCAACUAGAUAAAGCAUAUGAUGAUAUAUUAAGCGAUAGUAUUCAUAAUGUGAUCAACGAAUUAGCUAAAGUAAAUAAACUUUCACCAAAUGACAGGAAUAAUCUGACAAGUACCAAACAAUUAUAUUAUAAUAUCAAAAUUGCUGGAAUAAUAACAAAAAUGCCUUGGGGAAAUAUAUUAUUUGAUUCAGCAAAUAAUUUUUCUAAACAAUGGAAUUACACUUUACAAACUGGUACGGAUGUUCGAAUCUCUGCUGCUGCUUCUUUUCCACCUCAAGGUUUAAGAAGAAUAGCUCAACAAAGUGAUUUAAGUAAUGGUAUAAUAAGAACUGUUAAUGGAACUAAUGGUGGUGGUGGUCCUUCUACUAUUGGUAUUACUCCAAUGUAUCGAGUAAUGCCACAAUUAUUUUCUACUGAAAUCAAGGUCCCAAUUGGAACUUUAAUCGGUGGAAUUUUAUAUCCAUUUGGUGUAUCAUUCCUUUUACCAAUUUUCGUAAUUACUUUAGUAAAAGAAAAAGAGGAUAGAAUAUUAAUUAUGAUGAAAAUGAAUGGAUUAAAAGGUUUUACUUAUCAUCUUUCUCAUUAUAUACAUUUCUAUUUAAUACAUAUUAUUACAACAUUAGUAUUUGUGAUCACUGGAUUAAUUUUCAAAAUGGAAAUAUUUACAAAAACUGAUCCAGGUGUUUAUGUUAUAUUAUUUUUUGUUUGGGGUCAUGUUGAAAUUGCUUUAGCAUUUUUAUUUUCUUGUUUUUUUUCAAAAUCAAGAAUUGCUAUGGUUGUUACUUUUUUAAUUGUUUUAUGUGGAAUUAUUGUUAGUUUUGCUACGGCUUCUUUAUUUAAUGGUCAAGAUUCUGCUCCUUUGACAUAUUUUUUAUGGCCUCCAUUUGCGUUUUAUAGAUGUCUGGCGGUGAUUAAUAUUUCUAGUAUUAGUUUAAUUACUCCACCAUAUAAAGUAAGCAAUUUGGUUGUAGGAAAUGAAGUUUUUAAUGGAAUAAUAUUUAUGGUGGUUGAAUAUUUCGUUAUAUUUAUGAUAACAAUUUAUUUGACUAACGUUUUACCUAGCGAGUAUGGUAUUUCUAAACCUUGGUAUUUCAUAUUUACCGAACCAUAUUAUAUGAUAAGAAAUCGUGGUAAAAAAGAUAUAAAGAAAAAUAAGGAUAUUGUUGAACUUGAACAAGGAAAUAUAGAAAUUGAUCCAAGUGAAAUAUUACAUGAAGAUGAUGACGUUAAGGAGGAAAGAAAGAAAGUUCUUGGAAAUAAUUAUGAUCCCGAUUCUCCAUUGGUUAUGAAACGUAUGAGAAAAGUUUAUCCUAAUGGAAAAUUAGCAGUUAAAGAAGUUACUUUUGCUGUUGAUACGAAUAUUAUCUUUGGACUUUUGGGACCUAAUGGCGCAGGAAAAACAACGUUAAUUAGUAUUUUAACUGGAUUAUAUCCGCCGACUUCUGGUUCCGCAACAAUAAAUAACUAUGAUAUUCACACUAAUAUGCGAGAAGUUUAUAUGUCUAUAGGUGUAUGCCCUCAACAUGAUAUUUUAUGGGAUGAUUUAACAGUUGGUGAACAUUUAUUAUUCUAUGCUCGUCUAAAAGGUAUUCCUACUGAUCAGGAACAAGCUGCCAUAUUAAAAGCUCUUCAACAAGUUCGACUUGAAGCAUUCAAGAAUCGACUUUCCAAGGGUCUUUCUGGGGGUGAAAAGCGUCGUCUCUCAAUUGCUAUUUCUUUAAUUGGUAACCCUGCUGUAGUAUUUCUUGAUGAACCAACCACAGGAUUAGAUCCAGAAGUUAGAAGAUUGAUUUGGAACAUUAUUAAUGAUGCAAAAAAAGGUAGAACUAUAGUAUUAACCACACACAGUAUGGAAGAGGCUGAAGUUUUAUGUAAUAGGAUUGGAAUUAUGGCAAAAGGAACUUUAAGAUGCUUAGGACCACAAUUGAGAUUGAAAGAGAUUUACGGAAGAGGUUUCAAGUUGAGUUUUUCAUGUAAAGCUAAAAAUUUUGAUGUUGCUACAGAGUUUAUUGAAUCAUUAUUACCUGCAAAUGCCAAAAAAUUAGAUUCAUUUGUUACAAAUGUGUCAUAUGAAUUUGAUAUUGAAAAUGGGUUAAUUGCUAAAUUAUUUAGAGAAAUUGAAGCUCAUAAAAAUGAAUAUGGAAUAGAUGAUUGGGGAUUAAGUCAAACUACUUUGGAAGAAGUCUUUUUAAGAAUUAUUGGUGAGGCAGAUGCUGAAGCCUGA